AUGUCACACUUGUUUCGAUUUAAAGCAAAGUGAAAUACGCCUCUUAUAAUCUCUUCAAUGAAAAUAGUAAACGAACUAUUUAUUUAUUGUUGUUGAUAUCUAUUACGUACUCAAAUUACAAUAAUUACGCCAAAAAUGACUAGAAGAAAAGUGGUUGCAGUUAAAUCGAAGUUCCAUAUAACGAAUAAACUAAUUUAAUUCGACUUUUAUUCCGCGUAAUCCGUGAUGCAUUUAGAUUGAUGUGUACCUAUCCGCAAUAACAAAAGUGUAAACUGAAAUGUUACCCGUUUUACUUUUUAAUAACAUGGAAGGGAGUUCUAAUUCACUAAAUAACAACGGUAAUAACGCUUUCGGACAAUUAUACGACGAUAAUGUGAUUCUAAAUUCGGUUAGGAGUCGUAAAAAGGUCUCGGAGACGGCUAGUUGUCCGGUUUGUAGCUGUACUAUCAGGCAAGGUGAACUGGAGUCACAUUUGAACUUAGAAUUGGAUCGGUUGUAUAAGCUUUCAAAUGGUGUGAAUAAGAGGAAACUGAGUGUGAAUAGUUCAAGUAAUAGUAGCUUUAACCCUUUACCUGGAUCGAGUACGGAAGAAGUGCCUGACGACCAGGAAGUGGACGUGUCGGGAUGCCCGGGAAGCGAUGUUUAUCAGCGAGUCCACUCUAACCGCCUCCGGCGCCUUCGCGCCAGACGGCGAGGCUCCCCUCCCCCAGCCACAGGCGAGUGUCCCGUAUGCAACGUCAACAUGCCUACGACAAAACUGCAGAGGCACGCCCUCCGUUGCUUGAAGCGGACGGGGGCAGCUAUAGAUGAAGAUGUGCCGGAUUCCAGCUCUGAUGAAAGCAUUGAUGUUGAGAACGACUCGCCGGGCGGGUUCGGCGCGGAGUACCAGUGGUGCGGCGAGUGGCGCGUGCGCGCGGCCGCGCUGCAGGCCGCCGACGCGCGCCGCGCCACGUGCGUGCGCCGCGAGGACCACGACCAGGCCUUGGUAGUAGACGGUGAUGAGGACACGGAGCUGUACGGACCACCUCAAUACUCGCCUUCGAGAAUAGCACCUGAUGCAGAGAUCACGCCAUCAGAACAGCCAUCCGAGGAGCAUCCAAGCUCAGAGAACGGGGUCACAGAGAGAGUAGUCUCCGAUGUGCACAUUAGUUUCACUGACCCGGAGCCGGUGCGAGACAAACCGAACGGGCUGGUGGAAGCCAGUGCGGAGACUAGAAUACAAGCAUUGAAAGCCAGAAUAAGAGAAUUGGAAAGAAAACAGAACAGCGCUUCAGAAGCCAAGUGUCUGAUCUGCCUCGGGGCCUAUUCGUCGCCCGCCGUCUCCAUACAGUGCUGGCACGUCUACUGUGAGGUAUGCUGGCUAGAGUCACUCAAAGCUAAGAAGAUAUGCCCUCAGUGCAACGCCAUCACGACCGCACAACACUUAAGGAGGAUCUACAUGUGAACAUUUUGUUUUGACUGAGUUUUUUCUGUGCACAAUAUUAUAAUUAUCAUUUUUUGUAAUCCAUACGCAAAAGAGUUACGAAACAUUAGGGGCAACUAUUAUUAUUUGGCUUAAGUGGUUAAACACCAUAGAUGAUAGGAUCCUAUAGAUGUGCUAUACGCGUGCCUCCGCGAGGGACAAAACAUACGCAAUGCGACACUAUGAUUAGUCGAAUUUAUUUGUUGCCCACCAUAAUCCAUACUAAAUUUACGGUGGGGAACAAAAAAAUGUGAGACUGUGACAAGGACAAACAAUAAUAGCGCUUUCGCUGCUACUCCUACUGAAAGAUAGUGUAUAAGACUAUCCCGUUCUGUCAGUUAUCCCCACCACUCAUGCCCAAUCCAGUUUAAUACUAGAUUCAUGCAACUUUGUGAGUAGAAAAGGCGGCAAAUUUUAAUAAUUUAUGCGCUAAGGUUUGACCUAAUACAAAUUGUGAAUUUAGCGCCUUAUUUUACUGACAGAGCUGGCUUGCCAGAGUAUAAAAACAACGUUUAGGUAAUUUUGCUGCUCCUACCUAUAAUUUUGUACAAUACAGUGUGCUGGUUUUGCUCAAAAUCCAUUAUAAAACUGAGUUUUCGUCAAAAGUCUGAUUAUUAUUUAUUACCGCCAGAUAAAAAACAUAAUAAUGUAAGUUAAUUAAUGGUGAAAUAUUUAUGCAUGUCAAAUGUUUUUUUUAUUAUGGCCCAUUUAAGAAAAAUGGACGUAUAGAACUAAUCCAAAUGUAUACGCCUAAACUACAAGAGACAUAAAAUUGUAACUUUUACCAAACCAUGUCUAAUUCUUAAAGGGAAUCCAAUUUAUUUGUAUUGAGAAUUAUUUAUUUGAUUUAAUGUUUUUUUUUUCCUUAUAAAUAAGUCCUAUUGAAGUAUAUGUAUAAUGAAAGCCUUCUGUGAAGAUAAUAUGUACAAUAAGUAAGAUAAGCUAAAGAUGUAAAUAAAAAUAUUUUUCUUA